AUGACAGCAGCACAAAGCAGAGCCCACUCCUGGGUUCAACCGGGCCAGAAGGCUCGCAAAUCACCCAAGAGCCUCAGCCGGCACGGGUCCAUCAAAGUCGCGGCGGAUUCGAGUCCAACGGCCCAAACUCUCAUCCUAGACCAGACCCGCACGAACCUCAAAGAGUUCGUGGACCGCUGGACUGACACUCCAGUGCAGUUUUUCCCUCGGGAACCCGAAACUGGAAUUAAUGUCAACAACAGCGGGUCCGGCAGGCAGCCCGAACCCCCAACAGCAGCUGCAGCAGCAUCCGUAGCCGAACGACCUCGAUGGCUCCGGGCUCUUCAAAUGGAUUCAUUCGACCAGAGUUCCUCUACUCCGGCGCGGAAGAAACGGGCUCAUCGCGACGACAUAGAAAAAAUGAUGGAUUUUUCCGAGGCGUCCAAGCGACGGAAUUCGCUCGGGCUCGGGUCCAAGGUGGCCAAUGUGCUGGCUACUGUGGCUUGCACCAAGGCCACUAACGCGGAUGUGAAUCGAGUGCACAGUUUCUGCGACAAGAAAACGACUCUGUUGGCCAACAGGAUCCGCGAGCGACACGCUUUAAUGGCGAAGCAACUCGAAGAGUGCAAAUUCCAGCACCCUAAAAUCACCAAAGCUCGAACAUCUGAGCUUCCUUUGUCCGCAACCGAGGAUAACGAUGAUGUUCGCCCACCUUGGAUGAAUCCCUCAUUUCAAUCUGCUGCUCCGCCAACUGUGAUGAAUAACGGGACAAAUUCUUCAGCUCCAAGCACUUCUUCCCUUAAUCUCCAGGCAAAAAGUUCAAUUCCAAUCGCUUCUUUGCUGAAUCUCCCCGCAAAUACUCCAACCAAAGUCCCUGACGAUAUAACACUCAUAAUUACCUCAAGCACUCCUCCGCAAAAAGAGCAACCAGCAACGACAACAAGCACGAGUAGCAGUCCUAGAAAGAGAAGCGAAGAUCUGACAAUUUCCAAAGACAAGGACACACGCGUGGAAAUACUGAGCAUAAAAAACUUUGUUGAAUCUAAAAAAUCCUCAUCCUUCGGAAAUCUGCCCAAAACUGAAGCUGAAUCGAAGACGCUACCGAAGAAAGACAAGAAUCCAGAAAAUGGCCAUACGGUACUUAAACCACCAACAGGAAAUGAUACCAAAAUGAGCAUUGAUACGAAGGAUAAAACACUCGAAGAGACAGUGACAGAAAGUACGAGUCUCUCAGCUGGCGCGCAGAAUAACUCGACAAAAAUGGAAAACGCAUCGACCAAAAAAGCAAAAGAGAAUGAAUCGAUGCUCACAAAAAAUCCCGCAGGAGACGAGAAAGUGAUAAGAGCACCUCCGCUAUCAUCAUCUAUUGAACCCGAGAUACAUUUUGGCACUGGGAGUAAUGCCAGUAAACCUAGGAGAAAAGAUGGAGUCGCGCAUGGCCCUGCUGCAGCACUUAUUGCAGCAGGAACUUCGUCGCCGAGUAUUUAUACCCAGAAUUCCAGAAGUGAUGAAUCAAACUUAACAGCCCAAUCAUACCAUAAAGUCUGUGUCCCAGAAAGAAUUAUUCCCGCAGUGAUACUGAGGACAGCUGCUGAGGACAUCCCGUUGUGCAAUACAAUGCAAUAUUCUCUGGGUUCUUCAACCCAAGAUGGUUUCCUCAAGAUCCCUGCUCCUUCAUCAGCAUCAGCGCCUCAACCUAAGCCAGAAAAUGCACUUAUUCUCACGAGAAAAAAGUCCAGGGCGCCAGAUCCUCCGAACAAACCUCAAGACGCACACCAGAUGGUUGAGGAAAAAUUUGGUCAAAUUUCCGAAGCUAGAUUUUUACAAACCGGCGGGAUUUCAAGAAUUCGUCCUACGAGACAUUCAAUGUUCACGAAGCCAUUCGUUGCUUCGAAUUCGAGUACACUUUUAUCGAAGGAAGAAGCAGACAUUUACCUUGAGCCCAAAACACGCGCCAUCAGUUCGCCAUCAGCAGCAGGAGAUGCAUCAACGUUGAUGCUCCCGAGCGGAUUUGCGACACUGCAGAGAAGUACCCCGAGGAAUUCUGGGAUAAGUGCUGGUGAUGGAUUUUCUGCGAAUACCCCCUUAAUUGGAGCCACCGGAAUCAGCCGGAACUCGGCAAUAGUUUCGAGACCCGGAGAACCGACGACGAUGUCUCCCAGCAACGUCGGUUUCGCGUCAUUAGCUAGAAACAAACCGUGUCGAAACUCCGCCAUAUUUUCAAAAGGCCCGAUUCUCCCCACGUCACUACAGUCUCGCAUCGGCGAUUUAGCGAAAUCGAUAGAAAAGAAAACGAAUCGAGAAACUGACUCAUUCCUUCGUCGUCAUUCCACAAUUUUCGAUACCAAUAAAGCGGUGCCGGAAAAUGGAUCCUUCGUUUCGAAGGGCAUGAAAUCAGCAACUGAUGCCUAUUCCUCUGCUGGCCCUGAUUCGGGCACUCGACUGAUGCAACACCCGGUGUCUUCCUUGCCGAGGGACUUUUCAACGACUCAUCGUGACAUGUCAUCUCGGUUAUCAGGUGUCGAGAAAAGUGUGCCGAAAUUUCCGCAGAACUCCGACAGCGCCCGAGUGAGAACAUUUAGGAGCUUGGAUCAAUCCGCGUCCUCGUCGUUGUCGACUCAGUCGCGGUUCAGUUCGACCUCGUCAUUGCCGCCAAGCUCACCUGAUUCUCCCGGCGGUUCCUUCAAAUCAGGUUCCUUGUUCAGCAAGAAUUUUUGGUCGAAGAAAAAGUCCACUUAA